GCUGCGUCCAGCCUGGACUGCACGUUCGAGAACGAGACCCUGUGUGGGUACACAGUGGAGAUGGACCACACCCCUGGACUGUUUGACGUCAUGCAGUGGAGGUGGGGAGAAGCCGUGGAGAAACAGAAGUACUACGACAUUAAACUGCUGGCAUUUGGACCUGAUGGAGACCACACCACCGGAGCUGCUGAUGGUCACUUCAUGUACGCCGUGCGCCCCAUCAACCCCCACACCAACACCACCCUCCUGUCCCCUCCCUCCUCGGGACGGUUGUGUUAUGUCCAGAUGUUCUACCACAUGGGGUCGGAGAGUCUCAACACGAUGACCAUGUAUGUGGUCAAGUACGGCGAGAAGAUCAAGCUGUGGUCAGUGGAUGGCUCCCAGGGCCGGUCGUGGAACAGGAUGCUUGUAGACAUUGAGAAGUACACAGAGUUUGGCGAUUACCAGAUCGCCAUUGAAGUGACUGAGCCAGACGACGCCUACUGGACAGUGGGAUACGCCCUGGACGACAUCAAGGGGAUCGAGUGUAAUAUGCCUGUUGACUGUAACUUCGAGCAGGAUCUGUGUAACUGGGAGGUUCAGUCCAACACCUCCAUGUUUGACGCAAUGAAGUGGUCACGUGGGAAGACCAGGACCAAGACCUGGUUUGGAAUGGUGGACACGAUGAGAGACGGACCAAAGACUGACCACACGACUGGCACCAGUAAUGGAUACUUCGCAUAUGCUCUGAAGACGUUGGCUUCCAACACUGCCACUGGACUUGUCAGCCCAAAACAACUCGAACAAAUGUGUCACGUGACGUUCUGGUACUACAUGAACGUCUCCUCGCUACGUUCUCUGGAGUUCCACGUCCGGAAAGACGGCGUCGAUACCCAGGUGUGGAACGUGAGCGGUGACAAUGGCAAUCAGUGGAACUAUGUGGAACUAGACGUUGAGACUGCAACCGAGAAGGGGAGUUAUGAGCUUGUGUACUGGGCCAAAGAGCCCCAGGAUCGAUAUUGGACGGUUGGAUACGCCAUCGAUGACGUCAAGGGAUACAGAUGUGCAUGUGAAAAUAACCCUUGUAAGAACGGAGGGAGUUGUAUCAAUGACUUCAACAACUACACCUGCGUCUGUCCAAACUACUUCGACGGCCAUAGCUGUGAAAUAAACACCAACCCAUGCCGAGAUUAUCCGUGCCAGAAUUUCGGCACGUGUAACCCGGUCGGCGACAACUACACGUGCAACUGUUACCCCGGCUACACCGGACACGACUGCGAGAUGGACAUCGACGAGUGUGCCAGUUCUCCCUGCGCACACGGCACGUGCCUCAACUUGUACGACUCCUUCUACUGCUGGUGCGAAGCCGGGUACAAGGGAGAACAGUGUAGCGUAGAUAUUGACGAAUGCGAGUCCACUCCGUGCCAGAACGGCGCCAACUGCACCGAGGGUGUCAACUCCUACACCUGCGACUGUCCACCAGGGUUUACUGGCAAGCAGUGCGAGAUCAACAUCGAUGAAUGCGCGUCAACUCCCUGUCAACAUGGCGGAUCGUGUUAUGACGAAAUCAACAAAUACGUCUGCAUAUGUCCUCCGGAUUUUGCCGGGGUAUUGUGUGAAGUCAGAAAAUUGAUGGAUUGUGACUUCGAGGUUGAUUUCUGUGGCUACCAAGUCUCCACCACUGAUCCAAGCAACGACACCGACGCAUUUGAGUGGGUGCGUGGUGCCCUCUCAGAGCCUGGCUUUUUCGGCACCAGCCGCGUCCUCUUCAUGGGCCCCUCCGUCGACCACACCACUGGGGAGACUGGCGGAAACGCGACGUAUGCCAAGCGUGGCAAUACUCAAAACGCAACGACGACAUUGUUGUCACCCAUGAUGGAGGGGCGUCUGUGUUACCUGGAGUUCUUCUACCACAUGGGCACCGGUGCCCUCAACACCCUCGACGUCUAUAUGAUCAAGGGCGGCAACAGGAACCUCAUCUUCUCUUCAAAUGGAUACCAAGGCUUCGAGUGGCAGAGAGCCAUGCUGGACAUUGAAGAAUACACCGAGACCGGACGCUACCAGCUGGCUUUCGAAGUUAAUGAACCAGAUGACAACGGCGCCCUCAAGGUCGGUUACGCCAUCGACGACAUCAAGGGGUUUAACUGCGAUUUGUCCAUGGACUGCGACUUCGAAAACGACACAUGUAACUACAUCAUCGAACGAGAAGACAACUUCUUUGAUCGCAUGGAGUGGAGACGAGGACAGCCUGUUCUGGAGACCAUCUUCAGUGACAUCAAACUGCUGAGAAACGGCCCCAGCGGCGACCACACCACCGGGAAGAAGGACGGUCACUUCAUGUACGCCGUGAAACCCAUCAACCCCGGUACAAACACAACCCUCGUGGCUCCUCGCCAGCGCGACCAACUCUGCUUUGUCCAGUUCUACUACCACAUGGGGUCCAACUUCCUCAACAACUUGGAGGUAUUCGUCAGGGCCGAGAAUGAGACCUACAGGGUCUUCAACACUUCCGGUUACAGUAGUGAUGGAUGGGACAAGGCCCUCAUCAACAUCGAGGAAGAAACACGAGUGGGCAAGUAUGAGAUUGCCAUCUUCGUGGAUGAACCAGAUGAUAUGUUUUGGUCCGUGGGGUACGCCAUCGACGACAUCACAGCAUCACCGUGCAUGUGCGCCAACAACCCAUGCAUGAACAACGCCAACUGCACCAACGAAUACAGGAGCUACACGUGCACCUGUCCCUAUCUCUACACGGGGGUGCACUGUGAGACAAGACUCACCCCCUGUGACUACUCGCCUUGUGCGAAUGGCGGCUCUUGUGAUAAUCAACCCGGAGAUGAUUACAGGUGCAACUGCACUGACGGGUGGACUGGAAAUGAUUGCGAGGUAGAGAUUGAUGAGUGCGAGAGUAACCCCUGCAUGAACGGCGCUAACUGCACCGACUUGCUCAACGGCUACGAAUGCGUCUGUGAGCCGGGAUGGUACGGUACACAUUGUGAAAUCAACAUCAACGAAUGCAUCUCUCAGCCCUGCCAGAACGGAGCAACGUGUAUUGAUGAAGUGAACUUCUACCAAUGUGAGUGCGUCCCCGGCUACUGGGGUGUAUACUGCCAGUUCGACAUCCAGGAGUGCGACUCCAACCCCUGCCUGAAUGGAGCGACGUGCGUGGACGACAUCAACUUCUACUCCUGUAAGUGUCCUCCCGGAUACACCGGCGACAACUGCGAGAUCAACGUGGACGAGUGCGCCAGCUCCCCAUGUCUCAAUGACGGCAUGUGUUAUGACCGUGUCAACAGAUUCGACUGCUACUGCAAACCGGGCUACACAGGAAGCUUGUGCGCUCGAAACGUGAACGAGUGUUGGUCGUCUCCCUGCCUGAACGGAGCCACCUGUGUCGACCUGGUGAACGACUACCAGUGCUCCUGUGCCCCAGGCUAUAAUGGAACGCACUGUGAGACAGACGUGGAUGAGUGCGCGAGCGGCCCCUGCAGGAACGGCGGCACUUGCCACGAUGACGUCGGCACAUUCAAAUGUGACUGUCCUAUCACCUGGGCAGGUAAACAGUGCGAGAAAGCUCUUGGAGAUUGCGGGACAGACCCUUGUUAAACCACAUACAUUGUUCCAUCUUUCAGGGUUUAUCUGUACAUACAAAGUAAUAAAACACAUUUCAUAGGUA